AUGAGUUGUCUUGAUAUGUUUCUGCAAUCUGUUGAAGCCUUUGACCAGUCUCUGGAAAUGUUGGCAAACUCUUUCCAGGACUCUCAAACACGUGCCCAGCCACACACACGCUUCUACUGCUGUAGCUCCUCCCAACACAGGCUUCCAACACAGUCUUCCAACACAGGCUUCCAACACAGUCUUCCAACACGUCUCACACAGGCUUCCACCAUGGCUCCCUCUCCAAACACAGGCUUCCCACACAGUUCUCCACACGUCUCACACAGCUCUGGGACACAGUCUCUCCAACACAGUCUUCCAACACAGGGCUUCACACAGGUCUUCCAACAGGAGUCUUCCUGCAACACAGUCUUCCACCAUCACGUCUCUCACACAGGCUUCCAACACAGUCUUCCAAACACGUCUCACACACAGGCUCUUGCUCCCACAGUCUUCCAACACGUCCCCACACCUGGCUUCCACACCAGUUUCAACGUGUCACACAUUGCAGUUUCCAACACAGUCUUCCCAUCAUGUCCUGAUGCCGGUUUACAUGUUUCCAACACCCCACAGUCUUCCAACACAGCUUCCAACACAGUCUUCCCAACACAGUCUUCCAACCAGUUCCCAACGACCUCCAACACAGUCUUCCAGCACAGUCUUUCAACACGUCUUCCAACACAGUCUUCAACACAGUCUUCCAACACGUCUCACACACAGGCUUCAGCACAGUCUUCCAACACAGGCUUCAACACAGUCUUCCAACACGUCUCACACACAGGCUUCAACACAGUCUCUCCAACACACGUCUUCACACAGUCUUCCAACACAGUCUUCAACACAGUCUUCCAACACAGGCUUCCAACAGGUCCUCCAGCACAGUCUUCCACCGGCUUCCAACAAAGUCUUCCACAGUCUUCCAACACAGUCUCUACACAGCCCUCCAGCAGUCUUCCAACAAAGUCUUCCAACACAGUCUUCCAACACAGUCUUCACUGCCAGCCCUCCAACACAGCUCCAAACAAGUCUUCCAACACAGUCUUCCCAAGAGUCUUCACUACAGUCUUCCCACAGUCUUCACACUCUUCCACAGGCUUCCAACACAGUCUUCAACACAGUCUUCCAACACAGUCUCUAAAUACAGUCUUCCAACACAGUCUUUCAACACAGUCUUCCACAGGCUUCCAACACAGUCUUCCAACACAGUCUUCCAACACAGUCUCCAUGCAGCCCUCCAACACGUCUCACACACAGGCUUCCAACACAGUUCCUACAGUCUCACACAGCCUCAACACAGUCUUCCAACACAGUCUUCAAACACAGUCUUCCAACACAGUCUUCACACAGUCUCACAGUCUCCAGCACAGUCUCCAACACAGUCUUCCAACACAGUCUUCCAACACAGUCUUCAACAUGGCUUCAAAUAAGUCUUCCAACCACAGUCUUCCAACACAGGCUUCAACACAGUCUUCCAACAUGUCUUCUAACACAGUGGUCUUCCAACACAGUCUUUCCAACACAGUCUUCAACACAGUCUUCCAAAUGCUCAACACAGUCUUCCAACACACUUCCAACACAGUCUUCCAACACAGCUCCAACACAGUCUCUAAAUUGUCUUCCAACACAGUCUUCCAACACGUCUUCCAACACAGUCUUCCACAGUCUUCCAACAGUCUUCCAACACAGUUCUCCAAUUGUCUUCCAACACAGUCUUCUAACACAGUCUUCCCAACACAGUCUUCAACACAGGCUUCCAACACAGUCUUCCAACACAUCUUCCAACACAGUCUUCCAAACACAGUCUCCCGCACAGUCUCAACACAGUCUUCCAACACAGUCUUCCAACACACAGGCUUCAACACAGGCUCCAACACAGUUUUCAACACAGUCUUCCAACAGUCUUCCAACACAGUCUUCCCAACACAGUCUUCCAACACAGUCUUCCAACACAGUCUUCCAACACAGUCACCAGUCUUCCAACACAUUUCAACACAGGCUUCCAACACAGUCUUCAAGUCUCCAACACAGUCUUCCAACACAGUCUCAACACAGUCUUCAACACAGUCUUCCAAACACGUCUCACACACAGGCUUCACACAGCCUUCAACACACAGUCUUCCAACACAGUCUUCCAACACAGCCUUCCAACAGAGUCUUCCAACACAGUCUUCCAACAGUCUCCAACACAGUCUUCCAACACAGCCUUGCACACAGGACGGUGCCAUUAUAGGGACGGUGCCAUUAUGGGGACGGUGCCAUUAUGGGGACGGUGCCAUUAUGGGGACUGUGCCAUUAUGGGGACGGUGCCAUUAUAGGGACGGUGCCAUUAUGGGACGGUGCCAUUAUGGGGACGGUGCCAUUAUGGGGACGGUGCCAUUAUGGGGACGGUGCCAUUAUGGGGACGGUGCCAUUAUGGGGACUGUGCCAUAUAGGUAUGGUGCCAUUAUAGUUCUCGCUCUCAGUCUUGGUCUAGGUCUUGGUCUCAGUCUUGGUCUAGGUCUUGGUCUCGUUUCUCAGUCUUGGUCUAGUCUUGGUUCAGGUCUUGGUCUGCUCUCAGUCUUGGUUCAGGGUCUUGGUCUGCUCAGUCUGUCUCGCUCAGUCCUGGUCUCAGUUCUUGGUCUUGGUCUUGGUCUUGGUCUCUGUCUCGGUCUGGGACGUUCUUGGGCUUGA